UUUGAUGGGGAGAACAUGUACAUGGGAAUGAACGACAAUACCCAGGAGUUUCUGUCUGCAAAUCAGACGUAUAAUAGUCAGAAUGAGAAUAACGAAGACUAUGAAAUCCCACCCAUCACACCUCCCAACCUCCCCGACCCUUCACUCCUGCACUUGGUGGACCACGAAGCUGGAUAUCACUCCCUGUGCCACAGCCUGCCUCCAAACAGCCUGAUACCCGCCUACCCCUACCAGAACAUGGACCUGCCAGCCAUCAUGGUCUCCAACAUGUUGAGUCAGGACGGGCAUCUCCUCUCCAGCCAGCUACCCACGAUCCAGGAGAUGGUCCACUCGGACGCCGCGUCCUACGAGUCCAACCGACAAGUGCCGCUGCUGAACCGCCCCGCCAUGCUGGCUGGCCCCAUGGGUGCCCUCAGCCAAUCACAGCUCAUUUCACAGAUGGGGAUGCGCGGUGGUGUCACCCAUGGCUCCCCAUCACCCCCGGGGAGCAAGUCUGCUACACCAUCUCCCUCCAGCUCUACUCAGGAAGAGGAGACAGAGUCACACUAUAAGGUCACUGGAGAGAAAAGACCAUCAACAGACCUGGGCAAAAAGCCCAAAAGCCAAAAGAAGAAGAAAAAGAAGGAUCCCAAUGAGCCUCAGAAGCCCGUGUCAGCAUAUGCCCUGUUUUUCAGAGACACACAAGCUGCUAUCAAAGGGCAAAAUCCCAAUGCUACCUUUGGAGACGUAUCAAAAAUUGUUGCAUCUAUGUGGGACGGCUUGGGAGAAGAACAAAAACAAGCAUACAAGAGGAAAACAGAAGCUGCCAAGAAGGAGUAUCUGAAAGCCCUGGCUGCAUACCGGGCCAGCCUGGUCUCCAAGAGCUCUGCUGACCAGGGGGAGACGAAAAGUGCCCAAACCAACCCACCUUCCAAGAUGAUCCCACCCAAGCAGACCAUGUACCCUAUGCCACCGCAGGCUUCGUCGCCCUACCCCGGCCUGGGCUCUUUCCUGUCCCCAUCGGACCUGCAGAGCUACCGCGGCCACCCCAGCCUCCCCAGGACCCUGCCCUCCAAGCCCAUGCUGCCCAGCAUCAGUGCCUCCCCACCACCCGCCUUCCAGAUCAGCCCUCCCCUGCACCAGCAGCUCUCCUUGCAUCACCCGCAGAGCUCCCUCCUCAGCCAGCCCAUCAGCAUGCAGCAGGUCCCCCAGCAGCCCCUCCUGCCCCCCCCCAUGGCACUACAGGUACAGCCUCCCAUGAACUCCUCGCCUCCCGGGCAGCAGGACUUCUCACACAUCUCCUCUGAGUUUCCAAACAGCGUUGGACCCCGUUCGCCUGGUGCAUCAAACCCUGCAGGAAGCACUGAGUGGGACAAUGACUACCCCAGCAGAGAGUGUGGCAUUAACCACUGCAGCAUGCUGCCGAGGGACAAGGCACUCUACCUCACCUAAGGCUCACCAUCUGUCCCAGGAGGCUCAGAUGAAGGACACGCGGCAGGGUCUAUCUUACAGACAGCGUGGCGAGGCUCCGAGCAAGUCGUACUGCCAAGAGAGCAACCUCUGCACCUCGUCGCUGGCUUCGUCCCCAGGCUCUAAGAGCAGUUUUCUCUGAUUGCUUUUGAACUCUAAAGUCUACUUUCCGUGGAAGACCAGAACCUCGUUAAUCACAAAGAACAACAACAACAAAAAAAAAGAAAAUAAUAUAAAAAAAUAAAUAAACACAAAACCAACAAAAAAAAAUAAUAAUGAAAUAAGGACACAAUUUUUCUGCUUGCCAUCAGCUUAGCUACAGACUACUUUCCUAGUGAACUGCUUUUAGAUGCAGCAUAAGCCCAGGUCUGGUGUCCUCAAGCAUUAGGCCAGCUCAGUAGGAGGAUGCACUCUUUUGACUUGCUAACAGCACUAAACUUUGUGCAAGAAAAA